UCUAGCUGAUAACGUUAGUUGCAACAUUUGACAAUCAACUGCUACGAGAUAUGUGACAAUCAAGGACAUUGUGGAGUCAGUUGAGAUUGUCCAGCAGUUCAUUGGUGACUCCGUACCAACCAAAAUGUUCCAGUUAUUAUUGUAUACACUUUAUAUUUCUCACAUUAGUGCAUGUUUUCUGUCAGUAGCUGAUAACGGUGCCUACAAUAUCUCCGCCAGUGGUUCUAGUAAUUGGCUCUCAAGUGGACCCUAUGCAUUUAAUCUUGAUAGAAAAUGGAGAUCAACGUCUGAUGGAACAUUACAAAUAAGUAAUGUUUCUAUAAGCAUGGAAGGAACGGACGAAUUAGGGGAGUACAGUGACCAUGUGUGGACUUUGACUGCGGACAACAUUACAAUGGAAGCGGCCUUACGAGAUUAUAGUUCUCCAGAUAUUCCAGCCAUCAUGUUUAUACAGAGAUUUCCCCAAGGACUACAAGGGGCAAGCACUGACGUACAGAAAGUCAUUUCGAAGUUCCCAACGUUCCAACUCCAUGAUCCAGACACACCAUUAGGAUAUUUAUCUUUUGGAGGCUUGAUGCUAGGAGAUAUGAAUAAGAAAGUAGGACGGUGGGGACCUAAGGCUUUAAUCAAUGACGGCCUAGAAUCAGGACCACUCACUCUGUUUGACAAGACAGGCAAUGCCAUGCUGAUAGCUCCUUACACCAACUUUAUGGCUGCCUCAAUGCUGCAAGAUGGCUCUCAUGUCAACUGGGGCAUUAUGGGGGGUGUCGAUUCACUUCCUGCAGGAUUUGAAUAUAAAACUUUAGCUUUCUGCUCUCAGAAUGGCAUUGGAGAUUUAUUUACUAACUGGGGUGCAAAACUGAGAACCCUCUACAACAAAACGGACGAUGUCCUAAAAGUUCAACAAUCCAAUGAUGUGUCUCUAACACAGUUAGGUGUUUGGACUGACAAUGGGGCCUAUUAUUACUAUAAAACUAGAGAUAAUAACACCAACUAUCAAGACACUCUCCUGGCUAUACAAUCUUAUGGUCUUCAGAUGAAAAUACCUUACAGGUAUUUUCAGCUCGACUCUUGGUUCUAUCCUAAAGAUAAACUUGGAGCAGUCACUCACUGGGACUCCAUGGAAACAGUUUUCCCGAAAAGUAUCGAGGAUCUACAGAAUCAUCUACGUCUGCCCCUUGUUGCUCAUAACAGAUAUUGGUCAGUGAAUGCAACCUACGCUAAGGAAAAUGGCGGUGAAUUUGACUUUAUUUUUGGAACUAAUGUGUCAUUGCCUAAUGACCAGAAAUUUUGGGAUUUUCUAUUUUCUCGUGCUCGUAAUAAUUGGGGCUUGAUUGUUUAUGAACAAGACUGGCUAAAUGUCCAGCUAUUGUCCACUCAAGCUCUAAUGACCAGUUUGACAACUGGACGAGAUUGGCUUAUGCAAAUGGGCAGCUCCGCAGCAAGAAAUGGACUGAAGAUUCAAUACUGUAUGUCUUUACCUAGACAUGCUUUACAGAGUUUAGAACUACCCGUUGUUACACAGAUCCGAGUCUCCAAUGAUUAUCACCUGAGUGAAGACCAGUGGAAAAUAGGAGUUACUUCUCAUCUGGCAGACGCGCUUGGAGUGGCUCCCUCGAAAGACACAUUUUGGACUACUACAAAAGAGAUAGGAAAUAAAUAUAAUAAAGAAGAAAAGAAUCCAACAUUACAGGUGGUUGUUUCUACAUUAAGUAGAGGGCCAGUUGGACCUGGUGAUGGAAUCGGUCUAACAAAUAGGUCUAUAUUAAUGGGCUGUUGUAAUGAAGACGGCCUGAUUCUCAAACCUUUUAGACCUGCUACAGCUAUAGAUGAUCAAAUCCUUGAGAUGGCUUUCGCUGAUGGUCAAGGUGCUAGAGGGGAAGUUUGGUCAACUUAUUCCAUAGUCAACGAUCAAGUGUAUGGAAUCAUCCUAGCAGCUGGUCUCACUGCUGACUACACAAUUACAGCACAAAAACUUGGAUUUCUGUCGCCCACACUUCCGUUUCAAUUUCAGCCAAGUGUCCUGUAUUCAGCCAAUGGAGUCUACGUCAAUUUUAACUCCACCGAUACAUACACCAUCAAGUCUGCUGACUGCAAAACAAAUGGAGAAAACUUUUGUCUCUUCUACACAGCACCCAUCUUUUAUUUUGGAUCCCAGCCAAUCGUAUUACUUGGAGAUUUAACCAAGUGGGUUCCAAUGUCAGGUCUUAGGGUUGUCAAUGUCUGGCAAUCCUUGUUUGAUGUGACUCUAGCAGUCAGAGGCAGGUCAGGGGACGUGGUCCAGUUUACAUUUACCUUGUCUGGCAAGCAACAAGUUCAACAAAGUCAAGUCAACUCUAAUGGAUGUGCAUUUGUUCUCAUUGAUCAAUUUGGUAAUUCUACAAUUAGAAACGAGACAAUAAAUUACAAUUGUAGAUUUAAACCUCUACCUGGUACAACCUCCCAGCCUGUAUCUACACCAGUUACAACAUCGGCAACAACUCAUGCUACCAGUGGUGCGUGUGAAAACCUCCAUUUUAACAUGCCUGCAGUAUUUCUCAUUUUGUGUUUACAUUUUUUGACCCAGAAGUUCUUUGAAACGUUCGGGUCAACCAAUCAAAUCUUUGUUCAUGUUUAGCUUGGUAGAAGAACUCAACCAAUGGAGUAUCUCAUAGGUACUACAUUUGUUAUCUAGCUCCCUGGUAAAAACACAGGAUAUUUUAACAUUUAUGUAAAUAAUGGUUGUAAUCACCCAAAAAUAGUAUUGUCUGAAAUUAAAACAAACUAUCACUCA